AUGCCAUACGAAUACGCGAUGAGCCUGUUUGGCGAUGAUCCGCUCGCUAGGGCGAGCGUCCUGGAUGCGUUUUCCCCGGAUCACCCGAGCCGGCUACGCAUCAUUCAUGGGGAUUAUACUACACGGAACAAGAGCCAGGAAAACAUCAGUUUGGCAAUUGUUGACUGGGAACUCUGCCGAUAUGGCUGCGUCACAGAGGACGUAGGCUUUAUUAUCACUUCUCUCUACAUCCAGUGGCGGUUUGAGGACACGCCGUGCGCUGAAUUAAUUCUGCGUGAGUUUAUUCGAGGAUAUGGUCCGUUGGACGAGCCGUUAGUCUUUCGAAUGGUCGGUUUGAUGGGAAUCCAUCUUCUCAUGUGGGAGAAACUGGGUCUGAUGAGCGGGGGAAAUGUGGACGACGCACGGGUGCAGGAGCUCCAGGCGCAUGCAAAGAACUUCUUCAUCAACGGGGCCCAGAAGAAUAGAGAAUGGUUGCUGGAUGAUGGUGUUUUAGGCGAUUUCCUCAGGGCUGAAUAA